CUGAAAACUGGACCUGCCCAUUUAUAAAUAUAUUCUAACCCACAGUUAACCUGUAUCAGCUAGGGUUUACAGAGCUGUCAUCGAUUUUGAGCAUUUCAGUAGCCGCUUGAACAACAGCAAACUCAAAUCGCAGCUAUGAGUUUGGUAGCGAAUGAAGAUUUCCAGCAUAUUCUUCGUGUUCAGAACACGAAUGUUGAUGGAAAGCAGAAGAUCAUGUUUGCUAUGACCUCUAUUAAAGGUAUUGGUCGUCGGUUUGCCAAUAUUGUCUGCAAAAAGGCCGAUGUUGAUAUGAACAAGAGGGCGGGAGAGCUUUCAAGUGCCGAGAUCGAUAACCUCAUGACAAUUGUUGCUAAUCCCCGACAGUUUAAAAUCCCAGACUGGUUUCUUAACAGAAAGAAGGAUUACAAAGAUGGCAAGUACUCUCAAGUCACAUCUAAUGCACUUGACAUGAAGCUUAGGGAUGAUCUUGAGAGAUUGAAGAAGAUCAGGAACCACCGUGGUCUUCGUCAUUACUGGGGUCUGCGAGUGCGUGGACAACACACCAAGACUACUGGUCGUAGGGGUAAGACCGUUGGUGUGUCGAAGAAGCGAUAAGCUGUUAUGCUUCUUAUUUAGAACGUGGGGGUUUUGUUUUGUUAUGUUUGUACUUGUUUUUGGUGUUGGUUGGCGUAGGAUUGUUUAAGUAUGAGAAGUUGCAUAUUUGCGGAUUAUGAUAUAAGUUUUGUGCUUUAAAACUAAGAGCAGACUAAUGGUUUUGGUUUAAAGUAACGUGAAACUAGUUGGGUGUUUAUGAA